CGUCUUUAUAUAUGUUCUGUGCCGUCGUCGAUGGCACGUCGGGCACGUCGCAGUGUCCAACGGUGUCGGUGGAACGUCUUGGUGUGUACUUGGAUGUGGUCGAUCCGUUCGGCCAGCCAUUGACGUCAAAUAACGUCGAACGGUCUCGCCGUCGUGAAAAAAAUUCCUGGAGCAAGACAGUCUACCCGGAGAAAGGGGCGACGGGGAGGAAAGGUGAAGCGGCGCAUCCCCUGUGACUUGUGAGGCGAAAGUGAACGGAAAGGGAGAGAGAGAGAGAAUGCGUGACGUGAUGAAUCUCACGUCCGCUGCGUGAUCGGCCGCGUGACAUGAGAGACGCACACCGACGAUAAUUCAACUGCCAGGACGGCGACGAGGGAGGGUGCGAGGGAGUGAAUAAUUCUCGGAAGAUGCUUUUGCAGGAGGGACGCGAUGAGGGCUCUGAGCACCGGCGAGGUAUCCACCGCAUUGAGGCCGUUUUACUUUACCGUUCAUCCCGAUCUGUUCGGCCAGUAUCCUACGCAGAGGACAGUGAAUGAAAAUUCUUUGAAGCAAUUAAGUUCAAUCUUAGAAACCUUGCAACAAAAACAACCUAUACGGCCGACUAUUUUGCCCUUUUAUCUGCGAUCGAAAGAUGAGAAAGACGUGAAGGCUGGUAAAUUCACGCUUGUUAAAAUACAAUUGAAAGAAAAGGAUCUGAGGCAAGCUAUACUUUCCAUCUUAAAAACAUGCGAUCUACCCACAACGUUUGUCGACAAAAUAGAGGAACCGAAACCUUCUGUCACUAAGCACAAAUCCAGAUUUUGGCAACGCGCGUAUUCUGGAGAAAGAAUAGACUUUUCGGAAUUGGAGGAGGAUCCUAUUUAUGCAUCGAUUAUUAUGAAACGCAAGGUUAAUGCAGAGCCAGAUACAUUGAAAGCGUAUCUAGAUAAGCACAUCAAUGAAGUACAUGUUAAACUGGAGGCAUGCAGACCAGUGAGAGACGAGGUGGAGAAACUGGAGAAAGUACUAUGCAGCGUGUUGGGUCUAAAAGAUAUCAUAUGGGACUGUGGUUGGAAUAUCACUCAUUAUCGCGGCUGUUUAUUAGCCUUUCAAGCGUUAGCCGAGCAUCAUCCGGAAUCGAUGGAAGUAUUGAGGAAUCGCACUCUUGUGUUUGCAAAUGAUACUGGUAUCAGUUUAGAAGGCAAUGUUAUGCUAAAUUCUGGAGAAGUCAGGCACAAUUGGCUCGACCUAAUAAAGAAUGUAAAAAAGCAUGAUGCUGUUUUGUUGAAAUUGCCAGCGUUUGAGAAGGCAGUCUCCCAAGUACUCCUCGACAUUAAAGUUGGUCGACGGGUGCUCUAUAUGUGCAGGAAAUUCAUGCCUAAGGUAAUGGUCGGCCAGUAUGAGCAACAGCUGCGACAACUCACAACCACGCUCUCAGAUUAUCGUGGCAAAAGAAAAUAUCCGAGUUCGUGGCCGGCCAAUCUGUCAACUUACGAAAUUGUCAUCGAAGCCGAAGCAGGUCCUUUGAUGUUAUCGCCGACUGGACAAUUCAUUGUACCGUCGUCUUGUCCAAGUUUUCUUUUGGUAAAUUUUAUUACGGAAAACUUAGAGGAGGCUACAAAAAGACUAUAUCACUAUAAUAACAUAAAGCACGUGGAACGGGAACUUCAUCGUAAGACUAUCAAAGAAUUAGGUUUAGCUGCUCUUAACAAGGACGACAGCAUUACACCGGAUCUUAUGAUACAGUGUUGCGAACGACUGCUUCUACACAAAAAGGAUCUGGCACCAUCGCUUGAGGGCGUCAUGCUCUGGGUUACUCAUUAUUAUUCUGUUAUGAGCGAUGGCGUUCUUUGUGUGCCAUGGGAUUGGAGGUUCUAACUUUCGAUAAAAAAA